GAACCCUUUGCCGGACAGGCCAAAAAGGUUGAAACCUUUCCUCCCAUGCCAUCCGAAUUGUACUGGUUCAUCCCGAUUUUAUUUAAUUUCAGCAAAUCCUGUUCAAUUCAAUGAAGUGCUCCCUUAGAGGAAAAGUGUUGGCGGCCGUCGAGUGCCGCCAGGAGUCUCGGCAAGCCCUCGCACUGACCCUCACCACCCAAGAGCUAGAGGCGACAGUUAAUAUUGUGGGCGUGUUCGAGCUCCGGCUCUCAAUUUACGGCCAGCUGAAGACAGUUACAACGAAAAACAUCCGCCUGGAGCUGUGCCAUCUACGGGAACAGAGGGGCAAGAAAUCCCUAAUGGGUCUCUUCUUCAAGGGCCUGCGUCGAGCCGAGAACAACCUGCCGAACCAGUGUCCCUUCCUCAGGAACACCAGCUACUUCAUUCGACACUUGGAGUUGGACGCUUGCGAGCUGCCACCCUAUUUGCCCGAGUACAACUUUACCUUCACGGGCAGAUUCUACGCGAACAAAUUACUCGGACUAGAGGUCCUGAUUACGGGAGGCUUCUGCGAAGCUCGGCAGGAUUGCACGGGACAGAGAGGAACAGAGCUGUAA